AAAAAAGUAUUUUGAGUGGAAGAAAAACCAGGUCCACUAAAAUUGGAGGCACUUCUGAGAAUUGGUCUUCGUCUUCCUCAUUUCGCCGCCGUUGAAAAGAUGUCGUCUUCACCGCCUCCGCCGCCGCCGUCGACCACCACUCCCCACCUUCUGGUUUUUCCAUACCCAGCUCAAGGCCACAUGAUCUCACUCCUCGAUCUCACUCAUUAUUUAGCCUCCCAUGGCGGCUUCACCAUCACCGUCUUGAUUACCCCCAAAAACCUCCCCCUCCUUCAGCCCCUUCUUCAAGCCCACCCUUCAAUUCACACUCUCGUCCUUCCCUUCCCGGCGCACCCCAAUCUCCCCGCCGGUGCCGAACACGUCAGCCAAAUCGGCAACCACGGCAACUUCCCCAUCAUGGUCGCCCUCCGCCAACUCCACGACCCGAUCGUCCACUGGUUCAACUCCCACCCCGCCCCUCCCGCCGCCAUCAUUUCCGAUUCCUUCCUCGGCUGGACCCAACACCUCGCCGACCACCUUCAAAUCCCCAGGAUCGUUUACUACUCCUGCGGCGCAUUCCUCGUCAAUGUUCUUCACUACUCUUGGCUCCACAUUAAAACCGACCUUUUCCGUUCUUCCCCUGUCUUCCAUUUCAACGAAAUCCCCAAUUCCCCCUCCUUCAAAAAGGACCAUUUACCGUCGUUAAUCAAGCGGUACCAGGAUUCGAACCCGGAUUGGGAUUUAUUAAGGGACGACGCGUUGGCUAAUACAUCAUGCUGGGUUAGCGUCUUCAAUUCCUUCGAGACAUUGGAGGGUGAGUUCUUGGAGCACUUCAGGGAUUUGAAUGGCGAAGGGCGUGUGUUUGGAAUCGGACCGCUAAAUCUCAUCGGCGCAGCCGAUGGGCGUAGCUCAAUUCGUGAUUCGACCUCGGAGGUACUCACAUGGCUCGAUGGCUGCGCUGAUAGUUCGGUGCUUUACGUUUGUUUCGGGAGUCAAAAGCAGCUGAAUCAGCAGCAAAUGGAGGCACUGGCUUCCGGGCUUGAGAGAAGCGGCGCUCGAUUCGUGUGGGUGGUUAAGACAUUUAAUCAAACAGUUGGUGGGUGUAAUGAAAUACCAAUUGGGUUCGAAGAUCGGGUGUCGGAUCGGGGAAUUGUGGUGAAGGAAUGGGUUCCACAAGUGGCGAUAUUGAACCACCGAGCGGUCGGGGGGUUUUUGAGUCACUGCGGGUGGAAUUCGGUGCUUGAAAGCGUAACGGCGGGGGUGCUGAUAUUGGGUUGGCCGAUGGAGGCGGACCAGUUCGUGAACGCUAAGCUAUUGGUGGACGACAUGGGGGUGGCGGUGCGCGUGUGUGAGGGGGCGAACUCGGUGCCUGAUUCUGAUGAGUUGGGGAAAGUGAUCGCUAUGUCUUUGAGCGGAGACUGUCCGGAGAAAAUGAAGGCAGGAGCGCUCAAGAGAGCGGCGGUGGACUCUGUAAGGAGUAAUGGAAGCUCCUGGAAGGACAUGCGAGGCUUUGUCGACAAGCUGAAGCAGCUUCCUUGUCGGAAUUUCUAGUUACUUUUGUGAGUAAUAUUUCGAUCCUCCAUAGAAACCAGAGCAUUGUAUCAGUGUAUGUUGUUUGUAUGCUUAUAGUGUAUGAACUGGAGGGAUUCAGGCAUCCUAUUCUAAAGCAGAGUCCUUUGAAUCAGUA